CACAUACAGUGUACAUUCUUUUGGUAGGAAAUUGAAUACAAAGAUUUUUCCAAUUUUUACAUAUUGCAAUAACUCCAUAUAACCCAAAACAAAAACAGUAAAAAAAAAAGAAAAAAAAAGUUGUGGAAUCAAAGAAAUUAGAGAAAAGAAAAUGGUUGAGGAAGAUGGAUCUAUGUCUGGUCAUGUUUUGGUUGUUCCAUUUCCUGUUUCAGGCCACACAAACCCAAUGAUCCAAAUCUCAAAACGUUUAGCUUCAAAAAACCUCAAAGUUACGCUAUUCACCACCUUAUUCAUCACAGAAUCCACAAAAUUCGAAGCAAAACCUCUCGUAAUUGAAUCAUGUUACGAUAUGGAGAGAUCAAAUCCAUCUAUUUCCUCCGUAGGUGGUAAAGGAGAGUCGAGUAGUGAAGUGCAUCCUGCGGAUAUUUUCGAAGUUAUUGGCUUAAAACACCUUCCAGAUAUAAUUGAGAAAUAUAGCAAAUCUGAGUAUCCGGUCAAGUGCUUGUUAUUUGAUUCUAUCUGUUCAUGGGUUCUAGAUAUAUCAAAAAGGUUCGGUUUAAUUUCUGCUGCAUUUUAUACUCAGUCUUGUUCUGUUAAUGCAAUUUACUACAACAUACAAAAGGGGGUGAUUUCAAUUCCUAUAGAAGGACCAACGGUGUCGGCGCCUUGUUUGCCAUUACUUGCAACUCAUGAAAUACCAUCUCAUGUUUACGAUGUUGAUUCAAGACCCACAUCAUUAAGUCUUUGUUUGAAGCAGUUCUCGAAUGUCGACGAAAUAGAGUGGCACUUCUUUAACACAUUCGACAAGUUGGAGAAUGAGGUGAUGAAUUGGAUGGCAUUGCAAUCGACAACGAAAGUGAUGGCUAUUGGACCAACUAUACCAUCUACGUACCUAGACAAUCGUGUGGAGCGUGACAAAGAUUACGAUCUUCAUCUCUAUACUCCCGAUACGAAUGCCUGCAGCAAUUGGUUAGCCACAAAAGAAGCCUCGUCGGUUGUUUACGUGUCAUUUGGAAGUAUGGCUUUGAUUAGUGAAGAUCAAAUGGAGGAAAUAGCAUGGGGACUUCGAAACUGUAACUACCAUUUUCUUUGGGUAGUUAGAUCUUCGGAGGAAAACAAACUUCCAAGCAAAUUCAUCGAGGAGACAACGGGAAAAGGAUUAGUGGUUAGUUGGUGCCAACAGAUGGUGGUUCUUGCACAUGAAGCAGUAGGAUGUUUUGUGACACAUUGUGGAUGGAACUCUACACUUGAAGGAAUGUGUCUAGGUGUUCCAAUGGUCGCAAUGCAACAAAAAGCAGAUCAAAUGACGAAUGCAAAGUUCAUCGAGGAUGUUUGGACGGUGGGAAAGAGAGUAAAACUGGAUGGGAAAGGAUUGGCUAAGAGAGACAAAUUGGAGGAAUGUAUAAAGGAUGUUAUGGAGGGAGAUGAGAGAGAAGUGAUGAAGAAGAAUGCUGUUAUGUGGAAGAGGUUGGCUCAAGAAGCAGUUGAUAUAGGUGGAAGCUCUGAUAAGAACAUUUCGGAAUUUGUAGCCGAACUCAAGAGCAGGGACAAAUAAGGACAAGUGUGUCAAGUUACCUUACUUGCCAACAAUUAAUUUUAAAGUUUUUCCAAUUCAGGACUUGUGAUUUUACAUUUUUACUCAUUUUCCCGUCUUAAAUUUUUGUUGUUGUAUUUAUGUCUCAUUUGCCCCUACGAAGC